CGGGGCCUGUGGUGGGGCGGGCUGCGCGGCCUAACGCUCCCCCGCAGAGGGGCGGCUUGGCUCCAUGGCUGCUGUGUUCCUCGUCACGCUCUACGAGUACUUGCCGCUGUUCUACAUCACCGUGGUGUUCGUCUGCUUCCUCGUCACCAGCGGCCUGGUGCUGGGCUGGUUUGGUUUGGGUGUUCCUGUUAUUCUGAGAAACUCAGAAGAAACAGAAUCCAGUGCAAGAGUGUUGAAGAAACGGAUGAGACAAGUGAAGAAUCCUUUUGGGUUAGAAAUCCCUUAUCCUGCUGCAGCCUCAGUAACAAAGGGCAUAGCACUGAGACCGGAUUGCCUGGAAGACUGUCUUCUCACGUGCUACUGGGGCUGCAACAUUCAAAAACUCCACGAAGCACUGCAGAAACACAUCUACUGCUUCAGGAUAAAGACUCCUCAGGCGCUGGAGGAUGCUCUGUACAGUGAAUACCUCUACCGACAGCAGUACUUCAUUAAAAAAAAUGACAAGGAGGAAAAAUACUGUCAGUUACCAGAAGAUGCUCAAGUUGUUGAUUUUGGUCCAGUUCCUCGCUCUCAGUAUCCAUUGGUAGCACUGUUGACAUUAGCUGAUGAGGAAGACAGAGAAAUAUAUGAUAUUAUUGCAAUGGUGGCUGUAAUUCACAUUCCUGAUGAGAGCUACAGACUUUCCUGCAGAAUAUUAUAUCAGUAUCUGCUUCUAGCUCAAGGUCAAUACCAUGAUCUGAAGCAACUCUUCAUGUCUGCAAAUAGCACUGCACCGUCUCCAAGUGAUGCAUCCACUGGUGAGAGGAGCACUGACAGAAACUUGCUAGAAAAGGCUGGACUGUCUGAAGAUGAAACAGAGUUGCGCGAAGAAAACAGUAAAGACUGUGUUGUUUGCCAGAAUGGUACAGUGAACUGGGUGCUCCUACCUUGCAGGCACACAUGCUUGUGUGAUGGCUGCAUCAAAUAUUUCCAGCAGUGUCCAAUGUGCAGGCAGUUUGUUCUAGAAUCUUUUCCACUUUGCAGUAAAAAGGAGCAAGAUGACGAUGAAUCAACCCAUAUCUUGCAAGAUGUUCUUCCUGCAAGAGUUUUUUAACGGUGGGGGCAGGAAUCCUGCUUUGUGUGCACCAUGAGUAAACAGCCUGUUUAUGAGAGGAUUUGUAGCAUUAACUUGUAUGGUUUUGCUUUUUAUUGUGAGGUAAUUUUCAGCUUCCUUAUUUUUUCUUCACUCCAUAUGUUGGCAGGAACACUAUGCUUACCCAUGCGAUGUGGACAGAAGAAGUGUGUAGGAUGGCUUUGAAGGAUCUGAUUUUAUUUAUAACUACUCGAUUUUUGUGGAGUACUUUUGGAGGCUGUUUUGGUUGACUAAAUUUAGUUUAUCGACUAAAAAAAGACUAAAACUCAGAAGCAAGGUUGCACACAGCUCAUUCUAUAUUUAUUAUAUUUAAAAUACUGGAGAAAUAUACCCGUUUAACUCGGUGUAAUUUAGCAACAUUGCACUUUACAGAUUAUCAGAUGAAGGAAAGUAAAUAUUCUCCCUUGUUAAACCUGUGUAUAUUUAUUUUGUAGAUAAAGGCUGGACUGUGGCAGGAGCUGGUAGUUGAAGGCAUGAUUCAGGACUCUGGCGGUUUAGGAAGCAGGGGGUGGGUGUCUGUUUGUGUGUGUGAGGGAUCUUAGCCAAGAUUUUUGUUGAUUAUUCUUGGCUUGAACUAAAUAUUGCUGAUACUUUCAAGGCUGAGCCUCUGCUAUGUCAUCUUCAGACACAGACUUUCAAUCUUGUUAGCAAUGGCUGUGAGAACUCGUUCUCCAUGCAAAUGGUAAUUAAUUACUCCCUAGAGUGGUUACUUGGGCAGUUUUGUGGUGCUAUUCUUGUAAAAGCAGCCUGCUUUGGGGAGUUUCCAGCUCUUUUUACUUGCAUUGUCAGCUUGGAUGCAAAGUUAACCAUUUACCUUUUAUCAGUAGGCCCAAGGAAUUUACUUGUUCAAAGAAAGAAGCUAAAGAAUAGCAGAAAGAUAUUUCUUUUUCCCUCCACUGCUGUAUGGCCAGAAAGAAUAAAAAUGGCUGUUAAGAAGAGAAAGAAUUGGUUUGGUUCUUAAGAGCAAGCUGAAUUCUCCUCAAGACAGACAGGCUGGGUUUCACAUCUGCUCCUGUAAGACAAAAAUACAAAUGCUCAUUAGAACUUGUAGAAAAUGGAGAGUAACUGCUUUCUGUCCUCUUUCUUGUUCCCCUGCAACUUUGUCCUACAUCCAGCUCCAGGACAGCUGCUCAGUCUUGGACAGAAAGCCUUGCUCCAGGCUAUUCAUCUGCCCUGUCUUGCAGCAUUUUGAGGGUGCUGCUGGUGCAAAGUACACUCAAGGUGCUGCAUGCCUCCAAAACGGUGAAGAAACUUUCCCUGGUCAAAG